AUGGGGAGGAAGAAGGUGAAGCUCGCAUGGAUCACCAAUGAUGCCACGAGACGCACCACCUUCGAGAAGCGGAAGAAGGGCCUGGUGAAGAAGGUGAGCGAGCUGGCCACGCUCUGCGGCGUCGAGGCGUGCCUGGUCGUUUACGGGCCUCAGGAUGCGGUGGAGGCGGAGCCGGAGGUGUGGCCGUCGCCGGCGGAGACAGCUCGCGUGGCCACGCGCUUCAAUAGCAUGCCGGAGAUGUACCGGUGGCGCAAGAUGACCGACCAGGAGGACUUCCUCCGGCAGCGCGUCGCCAAGCUGCAGGACCAACUCCGCCGCCAGGAUCGCGAGAGCAGGGAGCUCGAAGUCAGCCUCUUCGCCCACGAGAUUAUGGCCGGCGGGCGGAUCCUGGACGACGCUGACCUAAAUGACGCGAUGGGACUGAUGCAGAUGAUAGACUUGAAGCUGAAGCAGGCAUUCGAUCAGUUGCAAAUUGACCAGAGCGAACUGCUGCCGAUGAUGACUCCACUCUACGAUUUCACGGGUAACGAAGUGCUGUCGAUCGUCCAGACCAAGCUAUCUAUUUCACUUGGCGAAGGGCCCCUGAAGAGGACAAGGACCACAAACUUCGUUGUGGUAAACACACCGUCAGGAUACAACGUUAUAUUAGGCCGACUAGCCUUAAAUGAGUUCCGAGCAGUGGUGUUCACCUACUGCCAAAAGAUUAAGUUUCCGGUGGAUGACAAGGUGGGAGGAGUCAAAGGUGACCUAUUGGCCAUUCAACGAUGCUACAUUGAGAUGGUCAGAUCAGAAGCAAGGACCGCUCAGAAAAACCCGCGCCUGGAGGUGAACACCAUCAUUGAGAAGCCCCCUGCGAGGGUUUAUGAAGAAAAUGAAGAAUUCUAG